AUGACAGCUUAUCAAUUCCGUGUACGUGUGGAUGAUCGAUCCUUUCUGGUGCAGCUUGCAUUGCAGGGCAGUAGUAAACCACGAUUUUUGGAUUUGAUUGAAGCUAUACGACAUACAAUCAAGGACCUGAAUAUGGACGAGUACCAGAUUAGCACUCAUCAACAGGACGCUUUGUACGACGAUCACUCACUGCAGCAUGCUCUUAUACGCAACGACCCACUCGAGCUUGUAUUGGAGCGCAAUAUUUCCGAUCGACGUAGCCUGCAGCAACAACAACAACAGCAUAAGCCUGUCCCAAUAGUUAAACCAGUUGUACGUCGGAGGUCAGAUCCACAGGCACGAAAGGAUUCAGGUGUAGAUUUAGACCCUCUUGAAGAAGAUAAAGAAGAACAACCUGUAAGGAAAAAGCAACGUUGUUUAUCAUCAUCUACUACUACACCAACGACACGAAAACUCCCAAUACCAUUACCAACUACAACCAACCUCUCAACUAAAAGCGUACAUCCACUUGAUCGUCUCCCUCCCAUCACAUCCACCACAACUACUUUGGCCAAUACUACCUCUGUCACCCUUCCAGGCCUUUCAUCCAUCACUACAGAUGCUCCACCUCCACCUCCUCCUCCACAACCACAGCCACAUGCAAGAUCACGUUUAUAUGGGUUAACCGCUACUACAACACGUCGACGAGUCUCUUCUGCUCAACAUUCACAACACCAACAACAACCAUCGUUUGUAUGUGAUAAACGAAUGAAUGAUGGAUCUACUUGUGGUCAAACCUUUCGUCGAUCUUAUGAUCUGCAACGUCAUCAAACGAUUCAUCUCAAAAACAGGCCUUAUUGUUAUUGCGAACAAUGUGGUAAAAAGUUCACUCGUAUGGAUGCUUUACGUCGCCAUGAACGAGUACAAGGUCAUAGCAACAAGUAUAGCAACAAUAAUGAUCGACGAUCCUCCUCCUCUUCUUCCUCUUCUUCAUCUGCUCAGCAGGCUCGAGCAUAA